CGUAUCUGAAAGUUAUUUUCAAACGCGCGCUCAACGGAGAAGCAUCAAACCCACGGAAUCCGAUGAAAUUGUGAAAAUCCUCCGAAUAUUUUUACGUGAUUUCCGUGGGCCAAAGGAAGCAAAUAGCCAAGUCGUUGAAGUAUAGCCGGCAAUUGAUGAUUUAAAUGUAUCAUUUUUUAUACAAAUAAUAUUAAUAAUUUGAUAUAUUAUCAUCAGUCCUAGAGCGGACCCGUCGCGAUUCCGUACCGUUUUUUUUCCGUUCUUUUGGCCAUACUCGGAUACGGGUUUCUUGUUGUUGUAAACUCGGCGUAAACAACAAACAAAACACCAACGCCUGCAGUGGCUCGUUCCAAAAUCCGACUGCUGAAUUCUGUUUCCGUAAUCGAGAACUCCGUAAUCCAGCCGAGCAAAAUUCAAAAAAAAGUGAAUGAGAAGUGAAAGGGCGAAGGGAAACACAAAAUAAAGUUCAUGUAAAUCCGAAAGAAAGUGAACUUCUUAACAUAUCAGAAACACAUGUAGCUAAGCACAUGUUUGGAAAACAAAUACAUAUCAUCCUCUAAGGAUAAAACGGAUACCUUAAUGUGAAAGCGUACUUCAAAAAGUACACCACUGGAAAUAACAUAUCAUACCAGGCGCAAAAACAUAUCAAAAGCCAACGAGUGAUACGAGGGAGUCUAAAAUCGUUAAGAAAAUAAGGAAAAAAAAAAUAAAACACUCCCCAAGCUACCCCCAUACUCCUCCCCCCCCAAAGAAUCAACAUUUGCGAAAAAAAAAAGUGAGAAGCGCAAACUGACAAGAGACAGUACUGAAGUAAAAAUAAAUACGCUUUACCGUGACUAGCCGGCCCCGUCGAGUCCGCGAACCAAGUUAGUCAACUACAAAUAAUGCGCAUACAAUAGGAUCGAUGUUACCGCAAAAUUGUAUGUCCCUCCAUGAUAUUCCCAAACGAAAAGAAGAAAGAUCUAUGGCGUUAUGCGUCCAGAAACAAUCCGGGUGUGCGCGAUGGGGUGCCGUCUGUAGCGGGCGACCCGCCACCACGGCCGCAGCCCCCUCCACCUCGACUCCGCCCUCACAAUCCGCAUCAGUCGUUUGGUUACUCCGGCGAGGAGGAUUCCUUGGCGAUGCGUCAGACCCCGCCGCCACCCUACAGCUCGAUGCCCUGCGCCAUGGACUGCUCUGGUUCCUAUUGCCAGAGUAUGAGUCCGAACCACAACAACAACAACAACAACAACAACGAGUCGUACCGUCACCUGCCAAACCGCUUGGAAUUCCCACCGUCGCCCAGCUGCGGAUCAGUGUUAGCCGGCGAAAGCUCGGACCUCUACUGUAUCGCACCUGGCUACAGUUGCGCAAGUUCUGGCGAAGAUAUGCUGAUCGAAGAAAGCGAUCAGGAACGGAGUCGGGUGACGGUGAGGGAGCCGGAUCAGGUGGAGCGAGUGCAUCAUCCACGGACAACAAAUACCGCCGCCUUUGUGACGAUGCUACGAAACUGUUGCGGCGGAGCGACAGAGUCCAUCAGCGAAUCAAUGUCCACAAUUCCAACCACUGCGAAAGCCCUCCAACAUGCCCAACAAAGCCGGAACCAAAUCCAAGCUCAUUCGCAGCUCCAGAGCACCCGGCGUUUUCGCGAGGACUUCGAUGCCCUGAUGAAGCUGCUGAAGCGCAAGCAGGUGGGGGAACUCCUGCUGGCGGUCAAGAGCCGAGUGGACGGGCCAACAAAGACCCCCCAGGCUACUGGAUCGACCCCGCCCACCUACCUGCAGUGCAUCCUGUUACCUUACCCCACGGCCCGGGAGCAACAUGUGACGGCCAGCCGGCUGUUCUUCUGGCGGGAUCUGCGGAGCGGCGAGGAGCUGAAGCGCCUGCCCUCCUGCCCCAGCGCCGGCGACUCGGUCUACACGUGUUGCAAUCCUCUGCACUGGUUCCGCAUCCUGUGCCUGAGCGAGACAGAUUCCCAUCGCUCAAAAAUGCUGAGACUGAAAGAUGCAGAUUCCGAAGAAGACUCGCAGAACGAUGCAAAGUCGACGGCGCUGAGCACGUGGAGCCCCAGCAUUUCGAGCAUCUUCAAGCGGACGGAGCAGCCUUCGCUCUUCGAGUCGUUUACUACUGACGGAAAAGAUCACAACAUUAAUGCCAAUGGCUGGUGCCAAAUCGCCUAUUGGGAGUUGGGUGAUCGGGUCGGGAAGAUGUUCCACGCCAGGACGACUGCCGUCAACAUCUACACGGAUGGACUGGUGGACAGUGGGGGGGACAGCAUGUGCCUCAGUGACCUCUCGGUCGGCGGAACAGGGAAGACGGAGGAGGUGCAAAAAACGCGUCAAAAGGUCGGACUGGGGGUAACGUUGAGCCUGGAGCUGGGGGAUGUCUGGAUCUACAACCGUGGCCAUGUUCCCAUCUUUGUGGGCUCACCCACCUUGGAGCGUGUCAGCAAAGUGCUGCCCGGAUGCUGCCUGAAAGCCUUCGAAACACACAGGGCUCAAAUGUUAAGCAUGAGACAGCAAGGACACCACCAAAUGGGACCCAUCGACUGGUUCAGCCUGAAGAUCAGCUUCGCCAAGGGCUGGGGACAGUUCUACCGGCGACAGGACAUCAUGCGCUGCCCCUGCUGGCUGGACGUGAACUUCAGCCACCUGCGGUGACAGUACCUGAUGCAGGCGCUCUCGGCGGUCACCCUACCACACCUGCCAUCUCUGGCAUCCUGUCAGGACGAGAAGGCAGGCCACCGACACCGAUCGCGCCAACUGCUCCGAAAGGCCCAAAAGCUACUGACCCGGCUGUGCAGCAAAGUGUGCUCCUUCCCGAGCUUCGAGAGGGCCAGGACGACGAGAUCGAGAAACCUGACUGGGCGGAGGCAGGGACGUCAGCUAAACAUUAAACAACCAAUAAUUUGGAACAACAAAGGACUGCAAAAGAAAUCAUUUUAAAUGUUUAUAUACAUAAUUACGAAACAAGUUUCAAUUACUGCUAGUAGACACAUCGAAAUUAAUUUUAAACGCAUCAGAGUCGCAUUAAGUGAGGAAAUCGGAGUCAGACGAGUUGAAUUGAAAUACAUAGUAAUUGUAAUUGAUUGUUAAACAUACAUAGCAAAAAUUGAAAUCCUGUGAUUCACUCUAUAUAUAUACAUAUAUAUAUAUAUAUAUAUAUAAACAUGUAGUAUGUACCGAUGCACGGGGCUAGAGCUCUGUGCCAGUAGCUAUAUGAUAUGUAUAAAUAACUAAUUUAUAUAUACAUACUUAAUGGAAAGGCACAUCAGGGUUACCAGUUUCGAGAUCGAUGGCAAAUAGAAUAGACUAGUUACCACAAAACAUUCAGAGACCUCUCGAUCAGCAUCUACAGACCUUUUCUAUGCGACGUUUUUAUCCGUUGGAUUGAAAUCCAAAACCAUAAUUUAUACCCCACCCAAAAUGAAACCAAACAUCACUGAAAUACAAAUCUGUUCAGUAGACUCUGCAUAGAUUCUAGGUUUAAUAUGAUAACAAAUGUAAACUAUUAACUAAAUUCGAAACAGUUUGAGGACACCGGCUCUGGCGUACUGGAAUCCCAAUUGGUUUUAAGAAAGCGCACGUCAUGUUCAAACAUUAUUUGUUUUAUGUUGAUAUUUUGACUGUUUUCGUUGUCAUGUCAGUUCAUCCUAUUCAUCCUAUCAAAAGUCAUUCGUGGAUCAUUUGUGUUUUGUAAGCCCCGAUAUCGGUGGCCUUUCCAGUCCCAUGGAAACGCCAAUUCGAUGAUUUAAUGGGGCAUUGGAGAGAUCCCUGCGCCAGAGCCCGUUGCACCAAACAGAAUGUAAGCCAUCUUAGAAUCCCAGCCUUGUAUGUAUAUUGUUCUAAGAAUAAAUGCGAUCCCCGUAAAAUUGUUA